UUCAUUCUUCUUCUCUCUCUCUCUCAUUCAUAUAUUGUAUAUUAAUAUUUUCAUGCAAAUGAAAUGUUCAUAUAUUUAGAUAUAUAGCAUUUGUUGUUAUACAAUACUACAUCAUUAUCAAUAUCAACAAAACAAAAACAUAUUUUGAGGUUUGCAAAAUUCUUGUUUGUUAAUUUUGUCUCUCAAAUGGCACAAUUACCUCCUAAGAUUCCAAAUAUGUCACCUAGUUGGCCAGAUUUUUCCAUUCACCAACAAAAUAUUAUGCCAAACAUGUCACAACCUAAUAACAUUGUCACAACCACAAACAAUAAUCAUCAUCAUAGUCAAAAUCCUUCAUGGGUGGAUGAAUUUCUCGACUUCUCGUCCGCAAGGCGAGGCGCUCACCGAAGGUCGGUGAGCGAUUCUGUUACCUUCUAUGAAACGCCAAUGCUCAAUGAUUGUCCUAGUAAACAACAUACCAACAAUGAUAAUGAGUUUGACAAGUUUGAUGAUGAACAAUUUUUGUCGAUGUUCAACGAUGAAAUAGCCGGUGUUCAUAAUAUGCCGCCGACAUUGUCCUCGUCGAAUCCUUCGAGUCCUUCGGAUCAGAAUUUUUUCAAUGAUGAGAAUGAGACAAAUAAACAAGAGAAGAAGGUGAUGAAGAAAGAGGAAGGUUAUGAGAAGCAAUUGAAAAAUGAACCGGAUGAGGUUGAAAGCCAAUGCAAUCAAGAAAAUUCACACCCUCAAAAUAACAACAAUUCUACUUCUUCUAAUGAUAGAAUUACUGAUCCAAAGAGAGUCAAAAGAAUCUUGGCAAAUAGGCAAUCAGCACAAAGGUCACGUGUGAGGAAGCUGCAAUACAUAUCAGAGCUUGAGAGAAGUGUAACUUCAUUGCAGGCUGAAGUUUCAGUGCUAUCUCCAAGAGUUGCAUUUUUGGAUCAUCAACGCUUGCUUCUUAAUGUUGAUAACAGUGCUCUCAAGCAAAGAAUUGCAGCUCUUGCUCAAGACAAAAUUUUCAAAGAUGCUCAUCAAGAGGCACUGAAGAGGGAAAUAGAGAGAUUAAGACAAGUAUAUCACAAUCAGAAUCUGAAGAAGAUUGAAAAUGUUAAUGGAUCACCCUUACCAUCUCCAUCACAAAAGCCAAUGUGUGAUGCUCAAACAGAAAAUGAACAACUUCUCAAUGGAAAUACAUGUGCUGCAGUGGCCUCAAAAGAUAGGGUGGAAGAACCAGUUGUGUCUGCUUUAAUUUAAUUUGAUUUAUAUAGAAAAAAUGGAAUGGAUGUAUAAUCAUAAUAAUAAUGUUUGUUGAUGAUUCUUUCACUUAUUUAUUUGGUGUCUUUGAUUAUUUUUUAUUACUUGUUUUGUGGUUUUUUUUCAAUCAUUCAUUGGAAAAACAAAGACUAGUGGGCUUGUGGAGUGAUGGAUUAUGGAUGAAAUGAAAGAAAGUGUGUUAGUCAUGAAGUCAUAUUGAAUUUAAUAGGUUGUUUGGUUGUAUUUUUAUGAUUAAUAUGUAAUCAUUUUAUUUGAUAUAUAAAUUAAAAAAUCCAAAUUGUAAA